GGGUGGGAGUGGCUCUGCGCGUGCGCAAUUGGUGUCGGUGUGGUCCUGCCGCCCGCGCCCUUCCGAUUCCGGGACCAGGAGCCGGGUUAGCGAGGAGGAAGCAUCGGCUGUGACACCGGGAGCCAUCCUAUGUGUAUGGACUCUAAGCCUCCAUCAUGGGGCAUAUGCUAUCCAGAGUGUUUGGGAACAAAGAGAUGCGAAUAUUGAUGCUAGGUCUAGACGCAGCUGGGAAGACCACCAUUUUGUACAAGUUAAAAUUAGGCCAGUCUGUCACCACCAUUCCCACUGUAGGCUUCAACGUGGAAACCGUGACCUACAAGAAUGUCAAGUUCAAUGUGUGGGACGUUGGCGGCCAGGACAAGAUCCGUCCCCUCUGGCGGCACUAUUACACGGGCACACAGGGCCUUAUAUUUGUGGUAGACUGUGCUGACCGAGAUCGUAUUGAUGAGGCCCGGCAAGAGCUGCACCGCAUAAUUAACGACCGCGAAAUGCGGGAUGCCAUCAUUCUCAUUUUCGCCAACAAACAGGACCUGGUGGACGCCAUGAAGCCACACGAAAUCCAGGAAAAGCUUGGACUUACCCGUAUCAGGGACAGGAACUGGUACGUCCAGCCGUCUUGUGCCAACACCGGAGAGGGACUCUAUGAGGGCCUCAUGUGGCUAACUUCAAACUACAAAUCUUAAAGUCUUCUUUUUAUGUUUUUUGUUUUUUUUAAUAUAUAUGAUUUUUUUUUUCCCGUAAUUUAAAUGGCUCACUAGAGGAGCUUUAAAGGAGUAUUCCUCAUCAACCAAAUCUUGGUGGCCCAUUUUGUUAUGGUAUAAGAGUUUAAAGGGAGAUUUUUGGUGCUGCUGGGCUGCAAAGAACUUGCAGGAUACUGACAGCCCCUUGCGAUAUCUGCCUUAAAUAAUAGUGUGAAGCGAUUUAACACAACUGGACAUUCAAUCUUCCUUCAGACCUCAGCAGUCACAUCUCCGUCUGCUCCCCUGUACUGUUAACAAGAAGGGCUGGUAACCUCUGCAGCAAAAAAAAAACCAUAAACUUGCAACAGCCUGGCAGUCAAAUCGUAUGUUUCACAAGGGGAAGUUUUAGUGUUCCAUUAUCACGGAUGAAUCCUCUUAUAGUGUAACGUCUCAUACCAGACCUGUGCCUGAACUUUAUAAUGCUUUGCAGAUGUGUUUUUCAUCAGCAAAAUCUGUUUGAUCUGAUGCCACGUUCAUUAGUUGAUUAUUUAGUCUGAUGUUCUGUGCAUGUUGGGUUCCCGGGAGCAGAAUUUUUGGAUUCAUUUAGCCUUUAACGCAUUCCUGUACUAGCAUUCCAUAAACCGUUGUCGACUGUUAUUUUCGUGGUUGACUCUCUCCAUCCAUAAGUCACGUUCUCCAUCCAUGUUUUCUUUAACA